UUCCACAUUCAGUAAUCUGACACCGCCGCUGGCUCAAAACAUCUAAACCGAAGGAUGAACCCACAACUUCAUUGGCAGAAAUAGUCCGAGAGAACAGACGAGAGAAACCGAACGGAGACGAAAACCGAGUGCGCAAAUAACUCGUGGCGGCGGCGGGUGCCUGCGUUUCCUAAUAGGUGUCCGUUUCAAAUAAUAUCAAAGCAAGAAGUUUCACUUUCCACAGGCGGAUGGGUGACUAUCGCUCUCGGCGGCGCUUUGUGAGGAGGAGAUGAUGAAGAAUUUCAGCAACAGUCCCCUUCACAAUAACCAGACUCCAAACCACAUUAGAGAUUGGAACAACAAAAAGUUCGGUUUUCUCUCGGCGGUUCUGUUACGUUUUUCCCUGCGAGGUUAUGGUUUUUGCAUGGCUAGUCUAUUCAUCUUCUGUUUUGGGUCUCUGUUUUACCAGUUGAACGGAGGACCCCCCAACAUUCUACUGGACAUCCGACAGUAUCUCGGAGAAUCCACAUAUCUCGAUGACCACGGACCCCCAGCUCCCCGCGUGCUGCCGUUCCCCAGUCAGGUGGUGUAUAACCGCGUGGGGAAGUGUGGCAGCAGGACGGUAGUCAUCCUACUAAGGUUACUGGCAGAGAGACACCAGUUCAACCUGGUCUCCUCAGACAUCCACAACAAGACACGCCUCACCAAACAUGAACAGGUGGACCUUAUGAGGAACAUCAGCAACAUCCCUCAGCCUUUCCUGUACACCAGACAUGUCCACUUUCUCAACUUCACCCGGUUCAGGAUAGAGCAGCCCGUCUACAUCAACAUCAUACGGGACCCCAUUAACCGUUUCCUCUCCAACUACUUCUUCCGACGUUUCGGGGACUGGAGGGGGGAGCAGAAUCACCUCAUCCGAACACCAGGGAUGAAAGGUGACGAGAGAUACCUGGACAUCAAUGUGUGCAUUCUGGAGAAUUACCCAGAAUGCUCCAACCCCAGACUCUUCUACAUCAUCCCAUAUUUCUGUGGACAGCACCCCCAGUGCAGGGAGCCGGGACAAUGGGCACUGGAGAGGGCCAAACAGAACGUUCUAGAGAACUUCCUUAUCGUGGGGAUCCUAGAGGAGCUGGAAGAUGUCCUGCUUCUUCUAGAGAGACUGUUACCUCACUACUUUACUGACGUACUCAACAUCUACAAGAGCCCAGACUACAGGAAGAUGGGGAACAUGACUGGUACGGUGCGUAAACACACACCCACUCUGGAGGCCCUUCAGGUUCUGUACCACCGCAUGCGCUACGAGUACGACUUCUACAACUUCAUCCGAGACCAGUUCCACUUGAUGAAGAAGAAGAUUGGCCUCAAAUCGGUCCCCCGACCAUCUUCCCACCAGGCCUCCUUCCUAAGAGACCUCUCCCUCCGAACCCCUGAGCCCCUGGAUGAAGAUGAGGAGAUGGAGACCGACCUGGAGGAUGCCAACAGCUGGUUGGUCCAGCCCUGACCAAUGCCGUGGUGACUGAGGACUUUACUUGCAUCUGGUUGGCUGGAGGUGGCAUGAUAAAGGGGCGGGGGAUGUGCCCUGUCUGUCAGCAUUCCCAGGAGGACAAUUGGUUGGGGGUGUGUGGAUCCUGAUGCCUGUGUUUUUACGGGCUACAUAUUCCGUUCAUCUUGGACUCUCUACUCACCGCUGAGAACCUUAGGAGUGGGCUCUGAUUCUCUGCUACCACUGAGGACCUUGGGAGUGGGCUCGGACUCUCUGCUACCACUGAGGACCUUAGGAGUGGGCUCGGACUCUCUGCUACCACUGAGGACCUUGGGAGUGGACUCGGGCUCUCUGCUACCGCUGAGGACCUUGGGAGUGGGCUCGGACUCUCUGCUACCACUGAGGACCUUGGGAGUGGACUCGGACUCUCUGCUACCACUGAGGACCUUGGGAGUGGACUCUGACUCUCUGCUCACCGCUGAGGACCUUGGGAGUGGACUCGGACUCUCUGCUCACCGCUGAGGACCUUGGGAGUGGGCUCGGACUCUCUGCUACCACUGAGGACCUUGGGAGUGGGCUCGGACUCUCUGCUACCACUGAGGACCUUGGGAGUGGGCUCGGACUCUCUGCUACCGCUGAGGACCUUGGGAGUGGACUCGGACUCUCUGCUACCGCUGAGGACCUUGGGAGUGGACUCGGACUCUCUGCUCACCGCUGAGGACCUUGGGAGUGGACUCGGACUCUCUGCUCACCGCUGAGGACCUUGGGAGUGGACUCGGACUCUCUGCUACCACUGAGGACCUUGGGAGUGGGCUCGGACUCUCUGCUACCACUGAGGACCUUAGGAGUGGGCUCGGACUCUCUGCUACCACUGAGGACCUUGGGAGUGGACUCGGACUCUCUGCUACCACUGAGGACCUUGGGAGUGGACUCGGACUCUCUGCUCACCGCUGAGGACCUUCGUUGUGGGCGGAUGGAUGGAUGGACGAACUGACAUAUUUAAAGAUUGACUAGAAUAAUGGAUGGUGGGGUUGCUUUAAAAAGCUCACUUUGCUUGUUUUAAGGUUUUAUUUUUGUUUUGUUGGUUUGAGGCCGUCCUGUUUGGGGUAUCUCCAGGUGAGAUAAGACAAAAGGGAUUUGGACCUAUGAACAUUUUAAAUGUUGAGGGGAGGGCUACAUCUUAGGAUCAGGAACAAUUCAGACACCAACAUAGGUGCAGGGAUGAUGGGGGUGAAGGAGUGUGUUGAGGUGUGAGAGAGCAGGGAAGAGACAGGGAUGAUGGGGGUGAAGGAGCGUGUUGAGGUGUGAGAGAGCAGGGAAGAGACAGGGAUGAUGGGGGUGAAGGAGCGUGUUGAGGUGUGAGAGAGCAGGGAAGAGACAGGGAUGAUGGGGGUGAAGGAGCGUGUUGAGGUGUGAGAGCAGGGAAGAGACAGGGAUGAUGGGGGUGAAGGAGCGUGUUGAGGUGUGAGAGAGCAGGGAAGAGACAGGGAUGAUGGGGGUGAAGGAGCGUGUUGAGGUGUGAGAGAGCAGGAAGAGACAGGGAUGAUGGGGGUGAAGGAGCGUGUUGAGGUGUGAGAGAGCAGGGAAGAGACAGGGAUGAUGGGGGUGAAGGAGCGUGUUGAGGUGUGAGAGAGCAGGGAAGAGACAGGGAUGAUGGGGGUGAAGGAGCGUGUUGAGGUGUGAGAGAGCAGGGAAGAGACAGGGAUGAUGGGGGUGAAGGAGCGUGUUGAGGUGUGAGAGAGCAGGGAAGAGACAGGGAUGAUGGGGUGAAGGAGCGUGUUGAGGUGUGAGAGAGCAGGGAAGAGACAGGGAUGAUGGGGGUGAAGGAGCGUGUUGAGGUGUGAGAGAGCAGGGAAGAGACAGGGAUGAUGGGGGUGAAGGAGCGUGUUGAGGUGUGAGAGAGCAGGGAAGAGACAGGGAUGAUGGGGUGAAGGAGCGUGUUGAGGUGUGAGAGAGCAGGGAAGAGACAGGGAUGAUGAAAUUGGAGGGGUUGUGUGUAACAGGUCUACUUUUAGUGCUUGACCACUCCGUCUCUCCCUGUCUCUCCCAGCCUCCUUUUCUCCCUUUCUUUUCCCCUUGUUUUCUCUCUCUCCCUCACACUCUGCCUGUUUUAAGGACCCUUGUUUUCUCUCUCUCCCUCACACUCUGCCUGUUUUAAGGGCCCUUGUUUUCUCUCUCUCCCUCACACUCUGCCUGUUUUAAGGGCCCUUGUUUUCAAAGUGUUAUUCAAAGUGCCAAACCGUCAAAUGGUAUGUCAUAGUCAUAAACUUCUCUAAGUGCCAAACCUAACCAAGUGGGGUCAGAAACCUUCUGUUCCUAGAAACCCUGUUUGGGAGGAUCCUCUGCUCACAGUGGGAGGGGCCGGGGUGACUUGGUUUAGCCCAAAUGUGAUAGUGGGGUCAGAAACCUUCUGUUCCUAGAAACCCUGUUUGGGAGGAUCCUCUGCUCACAGUGGGAGGGGCCGGGGUGACUUGGUUUAGCCCAAAUGUGAUAGUGGGGUCAGAAACCUUCUGUUCCUAGAAACCCUGUUUGGGAGGAUCCUCUGCUCACAGUGGGAGGGGCCGGGGUGACUUGGAUCCUCUGCUCACAGUGGGAGGGGCCGGGGUGACUUGGUUUAGCCCAAAUGUGAUAUAGUGUCUAUGCAUAACACAAUCAGUUGACUUUGUUUAAUAGAUGUUGAUAUGAUGAGAGGGUCAAAUGGCAGGAAGAGCACCCAACUAUGAAUUCAAACAAUUCCAACUGUGUGUCUACGAUUGGAUUUGACAACAACAUUUGUCAAACUGAUAAUGUAUGAAGAAAGGUUGAAUAUUUUGGUACAUAACUUGGGAAAUAUUAAGAAAUGUAUGAUGUUGGUUGGUGAAAAUGUGUUUUUCCUCAAAUGUCCAUUGGACCGAACAUUGAUGUUUGACAUCCUUCAACAACAACAGAAAUCGAAUAAAAAGAUUAUUUCAAAGAUAAAUCUGAAGGAUGAAACAUUUGAAUCCAACGCUUUACCUGAACUCACCAAAUGAAAUGACAAUGUGUUCACAGUCUGCACUUAGUCUUAUUUGAGAUUGUUCAACCUCUGCUUGUUGGUUACUGUAAUGUCUAAAUCCACAACUUUGUUUCUAAACUCUCCCCUGACUCUCAGUGCUACAGUAUUUCAUAGAGCAGCCAUGGUGUUGUACUUUGGCCAUUUACUGAUAACUCAACACCCAGAGAAGAAAAUGGCCACAACCACCUACCUGGCAGUCAUACCUAUAGUUGAGGUCAAAUAUAUUGGCACCCUCACUAUUUCUUCUAAAAUAAGUAGAUUUGGAAAAAGAUAUUCAUGUGUAUGUGUUUGAUUUACAACUGCACAGGACCAAGAAGAAAGUAAAAAAUCCAAACUGAAAUUAAGACUUUUCACUUCAAAGUUAAAAAUGGCCUUGACUAAGUGAUUCACAAUUCAAAUGGAUUUGUUUCUAAUUCUGGUUUACUGUGCAAUUUAUCUCACCUGUGGAAAGUUCCAGGUGCCUACAGGGUAAAAAGAGCAAUUCAAGCCGUUUUAAAUGCUCCAUUGCACUCAAUUAAAAAAGGGCAAGGUGCCAAUGUUUGACCACAUCUGUAAGCCAUAGUCAUUGUACUGUCAUUGCCUUCAGCGUGGAUUUUCUUUUUGACAUUUUAAUUUAUUAUUAUGUAUCCAUUUUCAUUCCGGAAAGGAUUCUCAGGAAAAAAAAGGUUUCAUACAACGUUGAAAUAAGUUGUACAAUCAAGCUAUUCAUAGUAUCUAAAGAUGAGUAAAAUAUCAUCUUAUAUCCCCAAUAAAAUUAUAUGAACAUUUUAAAGAAAUGGUUGAACUGUUUUUACAAUAAAUGGAAUCCAUUCAUUUCAAUCUCCCCUGACAGUUUUCUAAAUAAAAACCUAACAACUGCA